UUUCCAAAGGAGCCAGUCCACUACCCCAAGUGUCAGAGCGUCACACCGGAGACCUAGCUACAGGCGGCGCUUGUAGCGAGGUAGGCGACCGGCGAGAGCGGCGGCGAGCGGUAUCUGCGAGAGGAGCGGCGAUAGCUGCGGGAGGGGCGGAGAAAGGGCUGAAUGGUUCUCAGCAUCUCACCGGCGAAGACAAGCAUGGAUCCCGCCGAGCCGCUCCACAUCGCCGCCGCCGUUCUUGGAAUCUGACCAGCGAAUCCACCUCUCGCCGUUCCUGUACUCCGACACCUACGCUAUUGAUACAAUAAUUCAGUGAUAAGCCCCCACCCUCUUGGUCUUGGGAUCCUGUGACAAGACCAAUAUUUGGUUAGCGGCUUGGGAAUUGUCAUCUGAGAAACGAAGAGGAUAGCAACUAGGUUUUCUCCUUUUAGCAAUGCAGCAACGACUCCGACGGGGGAUAUGGAGCCAAUCAGCUAGAUUUGGGGUUGAAAUAUAUACUUAAUUGGAAGCAACCACAGGCUCAAUAAGAAAUGGCUAUACCAGGGAGCAGUACUGGCGGUGGCAGGUCGGCGAAUGGCGCAGCUGCCAUUAAUGCUGCCGCGGCGGUUGGCUUGGGCGACGCCAGAUUCCACUCCCAGCAACUGCAGCAGGAUAGGCAGGGCAGAUGGUCUGGCUGUUUUUCUGGCUUGUCAUGCUUCGGAUCGCAGAAGGGUGGAAAGCGGAUAGUUCCUGCAGCACGCAUGCCUGAUGGGAAUGCAUCUACUAACCGUGGAAAUGGUCGCCAAUCUGGUGGCAAUUCCAACCAGCAUGCAGCUAUGAAUCCAUCCCUUCUUGCUCCACCAUCAUCACCAGCAUCCUUCUCACAAUCUGCACUUACUUCGACUGCUCAGUCACCUAAUUGCUUCCUGUCAAUAUCCGCAAACUCUCCUGGUCCAACAUCUAGUAUGUUCGCUGUUGGACCAUAUGCUAAUGAACCUCAGCUUGUCUCACCUCCAACAGCCUUUUCAACUUACACAACUGAGCCCUCCACAGCACCACUGACCCCUCCCCCUGAAUUAGCUCAUGCAACCACUCCAUCAUCUCCAGAUGUUCCAUAUGCUAGGUUUCUUUCAUCUUCUAUGGGUCUUAAAGCUGCUGGCAAGGAGCAAAACAUGCAUUACUUAUCAGCGACAUACUCUGGUGGUUCAGGAUUCCAGGGAUCUUAUCCACUUUACCCAGGGAGCCCUUCUAGCAGUCUCAUAUCACCUGCCUCGGUAACUCCAAGAACUGGUCUCUCCUCGCCUAUCCCUGAGCAAGAUGUUCCUACUGCACAUUGGAAGACAUCUAGGUCCGCAUGUGACACACUGUAUUCAAUUGCUUCUCCCAUUCCUGAGCAAGAGGUGCCUACUGCACAGUGGAAGACUUCUAGAUCUGCUUGUGACACACCGUAUUCCAGGACAUCGCAAUCCAACAUGUUUGGGCUUGAUUCAGCUGCCUCCAGAAACUAUCUGCUAGAUACUAAUUUUUUCCGUCCAGCUGCAUCUGCUCAAUUCUACCUGGAUCAGGCUCAGCAGUCAUUUCCUUGCAAUGGUGGGAGGCUUAGUGUUUCAAGGGAUAAACAAGAUACUGAUGAGGUUGAAGCUUACCGAGCAUCUUUUGGAUUCAGUGCAGACGAGAUCGCUACAACUCAGCAUUAUGUAGAAAUACCUGAUGCUGUUGAUGAUGGAUUCAGCAUAUCUCCAUUUGGAAACAGUACCCCUGCUACUGAGGUGUGCCCAUUUAAUGAUCUUCCUAAUGAGAUUCACGACAUUGAUAAGAUGGAUAAAUCAGUGUUCAAUGUAAAACAGAUCACAAGCUCAAAGAAGUCAGCAGACGAGCUUGCCAGUGGCACAACACAUAAUGUAUUGCACCUGGAUAUAUUCAAAGGAACAAAAGGGGGCCAUCUAUCCGACGAUGACGCUAGCGCCAAAGAUUGUCACCCUUUCAGUAAGGCGAGGGACGAAAUAUCUCUAAAACCCAUAGAGGUGAGGAAGAAAUCUCCGCCUGGCCAGGCAUGCUCAGAUGCAGAAAUCGAGUACAGAAGGGCGAGGAGUUUGAGAGAGGUCAACAGUGUUUUGUCAUGGCGCAGUACACUGUCAAGGCAGCUACAGUAAUGUUGCGCUAAUAUGCAGGACAAGUUUCAGAGUUUCCUUAGCCUAGUGUGCAUCUAUUCCAGCUGUUAGAAGUAAAAUCCGUAGUAGUCGAAGAGUAGCCUGUACUACAUACAGUAUAUCUGGGGAUUCUUACUGCUAGAUUAUGCUUCUGGAUAUGUGAUGACAACCAGCUUAUAUUCUGUUUAAAGUAGGCAUGUUCCUCUUUUGUAGACA